CAACCCAAUUUCGGCUAUUUUCAAAAUUUGUUAUCAAUGGACGCUCCUCCUCAAUCCCCCGCCUUCGACCCAUAUGCUUAUCGUUCUCCACAAGUUCCUUCUACACGAGGAAAUGUCGAACGUCCUCUACCUAUUCACGACGACGAGGACGAUGAGGUAGUGCCCGAAACUCAAAAUUUGGGCGACGACGACGAGGAAGAUGAAUAUAAUGUGGACGAAGACGCGGGCAACGAAGAAGAUGAGGCUCGAGAAAAAAAAGGGAAAACGGUGAGCGAAAAAUGGACAAAAGAACAAGAAGAGGCGUUGGCGAAGGCGUGGGUACAUUGUUCUACCAACAAAAAAAAGGGCAAUCAACAAAGUCGCGAAAGUUUUUGGGGUAAAAUUUUAGAGCAUUUUAACAAAACUAUCGGUGGAAGUAACCGGACCGUUCAUCAAGUACGGUCUAAAUGGAACCCGAUGCAUGCGAAAAUAAACUUUUUCAACGGCCUAUACCAACAAGCGGAUCGCACACGAGGAAGCGGAUGUAAGGAUCUCGACGUGAUGAAAGUCGCGUUAAAAGAAUUUAAAGAAAGAUUUCCAAGCGGUUUUCAACACAUCGAGGCGUGGGAGGUCGUUCGAAGACACGAGAAAUGGGCCCAAGUCCCAUUGAUGGGUGAGGAAGGUGAAGGUUCGGCACAUAAAAGAAAGCCCGUUGACGUGGACCUUUCGAUACCGGAUAUGAACAAAGAGCACAACGGCGAGACAAGCGAGCACAUAGUGUCAAAUGCUGCCACUCAUCUGUUGGGAUUAGAUCUAGCUGAUGUGCUAUCUCAGUAA